UGGGAAGGUUUGAUCACACUCGCAAACUCAAUAUUGGGGAUGAAACCAUUGUCAUCGUAAAAUACUUCUUGGCAUUCACUGUGAACCAUAAAAACGAAUAAAACCCAGUCACGACCCGACCCUACCGUUUUUUUUUCUUUCUUCCAAACCUAAUAAAACCCAGCCCAAAAAUUUCACUUUCAUACUUUCAUAUUUGUUAACUUUGAGUCUCCCCGUCGCCCAACUUUGAGACCUGUCCGCCGAAAGCACAGAGAUAAUUUGGUAUUCCACGAUUCCGGCCCCGUCUAUUUCACCGGUGGCAAUGUCUCCAGUUCGGAAAAUCGAGCACGUCGCCGUGAGAUGGUUAGUCUGAUAGCAAGCAGAGCUCCCCACCAUGGUGCUUGGCAAUAACUUCAUUCGCGAAACUCACUAUGACAUACUAUCUGUGAAGGAAGAUGCAAGCUAUGAAGAUAUCCGAACAAGCUACAGAUCUGCCAUCCUUAAUAGUCAUCCUGAUAAACUACAACCUACAUCCGAGUCAGCAGAUAGAUUCUUGAAGGUGCAAAAGGCUUGGGAUAUCCUCAGUGAUUCGAGGUCUCGUGCACUUUAUGACAAUAUGCUAAUAGCUUCUAGACAUGACACUUUUGUAGCCGAUGAUAUCAGCUUGGAAGACGUGAUGGCUGAAGAUGCAGGAGACGUCAUUCAGCUAUUUUACCAGUGUCGAUGUGGUGAUUACUACUUUGUUGAUUCUUCGGAGUUGGAGAAAAUGGGGUAUGCUUUGGUAAGAGAUGGUAGCAAGCUAUGUUUUGAGGCACAAAAUGCUUUGCCAGCAUCACUAGUCCUUCCUUGCGGGUCUUGUUCUUUGAAAGUUCGUAUAUUGAUCAAUCCAGACGAUUUUGUUUCUAUUGGUCAUCAUCACUGAAUGUGGUGAUAUGUUUAAUUAUUUAGCUUGAAAGGCUUUAAAUACAAAAUCCAGCAGAGUUUCGAAUGGUUAUUUUGUCACCAUUCAAACAAUGUGAUAAAAGGAUGAUGAUGAAGAUGAGGAUUAUAACUUCUAAGGCGGCCUUGUGGAAUGUAAAACUCUCCCAUUAAUAACCAUGUGAAAGGUGAAAUUUGACUUAUAAGCCUCUAAU